AACUUCUUCUGACAGCACUGAGCCCCACUGAAACCCUGUCUCUCAUCGAUACAACUUCUAUUUUAUUGAAAAACCCAGUCACGCGACUAACACGACGAAGAGGAGAAGAGCGUUGUCUUAUUUUUCUUCUUUCAUUGUAACACAUUUGGGUUAAAGCAGAUGCAAGCGAUUAAGAGAAUGUCGUCAUCAUCAAACAUUUACAAGUCACCUGCCUUGACGCACGAGCUUGUCGCAAAAUGCUCCGUGAGUCUUACAGUGGUGAUGGCUUCACUUAGCCGUCGAAGCCAGGGUCGAAGGGUCUAAGACUGAUACACAUAUUUCAACGUAGACAACAAGAGCUCGGGCAUCAAUAUUGACUCUUCCUCAUGGCGUCGUACAACUUCCUAUGUUCAUGCCUGUUGCAACUCAAGCGUCUCUAAAGGGCAUUACCCCUGAACAGCUUGAAGAGACUGGUUGUCGGUUAUGUCUAAACAACACAUAUCACCUCGGCUUGAAACCAGGACAAGAGGUCUUGGAUGCGAUAGGUGGAGCGCAUAAACUCCAAGGAUGGAACCACAACAUUCUGACUGACAGUGGAGGAUUUCAAAUGGUCAGUUUACUCAAGCUUGCAACCAUCACUGAGAAAGGUGUCGAAUUUCUGAGCCCUCAUGAUGGAACACCCAUGUUACUUACUCCGGAGCAUUCCAUGUCACUGCAAAACAGCAUCGGCAGCGACAUUAUGAUGCAGCUGGACGAUGUCCUUGUCACAACCUCUCCUGACAAGGCACGUAUGCGCGAGGCCAUGGAGCGAAGUGUGCGAUGGUUGGAUCGAUGUAUCGCAGCUCACAAGAAACCCGAGUCCCAAAAUCUCUUCUGCAUUAUUCAGGGAGGUCUUGAUCUCGAUAUGCGACGAGAAUGCUGUCGCGAGAUGCUGGCCCGUGAUACCCCAGGCAUCGCCAUUGGUGGAUUGAGUGGUGGUGAGGCCAAGGCUGAUUAUUGCAGAGUUGUAGCAGCUUGCACAGAACUGCUCCCUGACCUGAAGCCGCGAUACGUCAUGGGCAUUGGCUACCCUGAAGAUCUGGUCGUGAGCGUUGCGCUGGGAGCCGACAUGUUCGAUUGUGUGUGGCCAACAAGAACAGCCCGAUUUGGCAAUGCAGUCACAAAACAUGGCGUCUUGAACAUCCGCAACAAGAAAUACGCUACUGAUUUCGGGCCUGUCGAGGAGGGUUGCAACUGCAUGGUCUGCAAGCCAACCGCUGAUGGAGGGAUGGGUGUCACUCGGGCAUUUGUCCACCACAACGCCUCAAAAGAGACGGUAGCGGCGCACCUACUGACCAUUCACAAUGUCUAUUAUCAACUGAACCUUAUGCGACAAAUAAGGGAGGCCAUUAUGGAGGAUCGAUUCCCUACAUUCGUGCGACAGUUCUUUGCUUGGCUUUAUGCGGAUAAAACAGAGUAUCCCGAAUGGGCAGUUGGAGCAUUGAAGGGGGUCAACGUCGAUUUAUCGGAAUAAAAGCAUAUGCAGCAAUUAAGAGGCGUUGGUAAAAAGUGAAUUAUGGAUAACGAAUAUGAUUCUAUAUACGAAGGCGCUUCAAAUGCCAACAAGGAUAUCCUGAUAAGACUGCGCAUUGUUCACGAGUUUCCCUACAGCAUUUCAUUAAAUAACCCGGAAAAGUCGUUAGAUCCACCACGUCUUCUCGGAAACGGAAACUCAUUAAUAAACUCCAUCACUUCUCGGUUCAAUCGUCAUAAGAGCUCUUACAGAGCAAUAGCCAGAGCAGCAACGGCAGCGAGGACAGCACCGAAGCCAACACGAGCUGAAGAAGCGCUGUUACCGCUGUCGGUGCUGGAAGGCUGAGCAGGAACAGUGACUGUGACGGGGCCCAUGUUCUGUUCGCUAGUUGAGGCAUCGUUGUCAGAGGCGCCAGUCUGGCGAGAACCGGAGUCCUCGGUGGUGUUGGCCUCGUCGGUCUCGCUGGACCCAGAGUCUUGAGUGCGGGUGACAGAGGGGGAGCAGACGUCGUCGAAGCGGUCGCAGAAAGUAGCAAGGUUCUUGGCGACUAUUGUUGGGUUAGUUCAGGCUCGGAUUGUUUCAAGUGACACACAUACCAGAGUAGGCGGUCUUGGGCUCGCCUGUUCGCGCCCAGUCAGCACAAGUGGAAGCAUACUUGUCGAGCUCAUCGGUCCAGGUUCGGCGGGAACCAGAUCCACGGCAGCUUAUAAAAUGUCAGUCUGUGUCAAUUUCCG